GGGCAGGGGGGACACGGAACCGGCCGGCAGCGGCCAUCCCGUGGCAGGGCAGGAGGAAGUGCCGCCCGGGGCCACUCCUCCUCACCACUUCCUCUGCGGGGCUGGAUUCUGUACGGAUGGGAGCGGCGGCAGAGGAGCUGACCGGCCCGUCCGAGGCCGGAGGGAAGCGCCGAGGGGACACAGCGGAAAGAAGAUGAUGUGAGUGGGCUGUAAGAGCAGACGAGAUGGAGGAAGAGCUGCCCUGCUCUGAGGUGGAUGGAAAAAGUGUCCUCAAGGAUCUGGGGGUGGAGAUGCCCUGCGUGGACAGCGAUCCCACAGAAGACACAUCUGGAGUGGAGAAGGGUGCAGGAGAGGUGCCCUGUGCUGAGAGUAGCACGAGACAAGAGGCUCCUUGUGACCCAGGAAUUGUCUUCACUCGGGGCAGCCUGGGAGGAGAGACGCUGGGCAGUGGCAGCGAUGGGGAAGGGGAGAUUCCCAGCUCCGGCAGCGACGGGGAAGGGGAAAUUCCUGGCACUGGCCGUGACAGGGAGGGGGAGAUUCCCGGUGGGGAAGGGGAGAUUCCCGUCACCGAUAGCGACGGGGAAGGGGAAAUGCCCUGUGAUGCGAAAGGAGAGGCGUCUUGCUCUGAGAGUGACGCAGAGGAAGUCCCAGAUGCCGUAAUCCCUGCUGCUAAGAAGAAAAUAGCUUCUAUUUCCUCUCCCUUACGGGCCAUCAUCCGCCUGCGCCGGCACUACCGGGGGCUGAAGAAAAGACGCCUGCAUUUAGAGCUCCCUCGGGAAAAGUCUGCGGAGUUUGUCCACACCAGGCUGCUCCAAAGGCAGCUGUCCGUGAGCAGAGCUCCCCUGUACAGCCCUUCCAUGUCCUUCUUUAAUCAGUCUGGCUUUGAGAGCUCCCAGUACUUCACCUUUGACACAUCUGUGGAACAUUACUCCGUGAAAAAGUGCAGGCGGAAAAAGAGCCGGAGGAAAUACAGGAUGGUCCUGUACCCGGAUAAAACAAAAAAAUACCUCCCAGCAGAGGAGAAGAGCAAGGCAAAGCGCUGCCUCCUCUUGCUCAUUGCCAUCAUCUUCUUCCAGAUUCUCAAUGCGAUAGAGAACCUGGAUGAUAACCUCCAAAAAUACGACCUCGAUGCUUUGGAGAAAACCAUGCACCGGGAAGUAUUUGGGCAGAAGGUCGCUGUGGAAAGUAUUAUGGAAUUGCUGAAAGAUUACCUGGCUACCCACGUCCACAACAAGCCUCUGGUGAUCUCUCUGAAUGGCCCCACAGGGGUUGGGAAGAGCCACGUUGGCUGGGUGCUGGCCAAACACUUUCGCUCCGUCAUGGACAAUGACUUUGUGCUCCAGUACUUCGUGAUGCAUCACUGCCCCAGCGGGGCGGCUCCCCUCACCUGCGAAAUCGACCUGUCUAAGAAGAUUUCUGACAUGGUUACCAGAGCUGAAAUAGAGGAAAAGACCCCCCUGUUCAUUCUGGAUGAGGUUGAGCUCAUGUCCCCCGUCCUGCUGGACACUCUCAGCCGGUUCUUUGAACCCAAUCAAACCAACGAGUUCCUCAAUGCCAUCUACAUUUUAAUAAGCAACCUGGGAGGUGCCGAAAUCACGAAGUUCGUUAUCCAGAACGCGUCCACUGAGCUCCUGCAUCAGCAGCGGGGAGCUGAAGAGCUGCUGAGCAUCAUCCAGCCAGUCCUGGCCGGUGUCCACCCUCUGUGGAAGGCUGCAGACAUCAUCCCCUUUGUCCUUCUGGAGAAGUCUCACGUCAUAAACUGCUUCCUGGAGCAGAUGAGGAGGGAGGGGCUCUAUCCCGACCAGAAGCACAUUGAAAAUUUGGCAAAUCAGCUCAGCUAUUACACUACAGGGGACAAGCAGUACUCCAGCAUGGGCUGCAAGCAGGUUGUGGCCAAAGUCAACCUCCUGUAGGGAUUUACUGCAGAGACCAAGCCCUGCUCUCGGGAUUUGUGAAGUUCUGUGCUCAUGAGGAGGGUGUUACAGCAGGCUGUGCUUGAGGUGUCCUUCCUCAGCCCUGCACUGGCUCUGCCCUGCUCCAGGCACAGGGGUGGCAGCCUGCACAACCUGGUCCCUCUUCUCCUCCAGAGACUUCACUUUUUCCUCACGUUCUGUGAAAAAGGAAGGGCGAGGAAGCCAGAGCCAGCUCCCAAUAACUGUAAGAGGUUUUGUUCCUCACAUUCCCUUUUGGGAUUCUUGUCAUUAAGGAGUUUUGAGGUGGCGUCAAAAGCUGCAGGACAUAAACAGGAUGAAACAGUCCCCGGGUCACUGUCCUGCAGAACGUCACCUCGUGUGUCUCACUCUCUCCAGGCUCACAGCUCUUUGCCCUCCUUUGUCCUGGCUGUGGAUGAGAGCAGAGGCAGGGCUGGGCACCACAGUUUGUGGCUUCUGCCCCCCCAAAAUGUGCAGGCCUGCCCAGCUCCUACGUGACCACAUCCUCUGGAGAACUUUUUGGACCUAUUCCUGAGCUGUUGCUUUUCUGAGCUCAUCCCUGAGCUCACCUUUGGCACCUGCAGUGAGAUUUCUGCCCUGCAGGUGUGUUUGGGCUCGCCUCUAAGACUGCUCAGCUGUGCCAGAUGGGGCAGAAAUAACCUCUGGAUUGUUUCAGGUCUGGUGGUGACACCUCAUCCUCAGAGCUCUUCUGCUUUUCGCCUCUGGGAAACGUCACCGUGGUCAGUCGUUAUCUAGAAAGGCCAAAGCAGCAAGUGAUGGAUGUUAACAACACACACUGGAAAAGACAGUUUGGGCUGGUGGAGUGGGAAUCCUGGGCUUGCUCCCUGUCCUGAGAGGCCAAGAAGAGUCUCUUUGCCAUUGAGCCCCAGGUGAGACGUGGCCUGGGAGCAGCUCAGGAAGGGCACACAGCCAUGCUUUGAGCAAAACCGAGCAGGUAUUUAUGACAUUGUUUUCUCAGGUUGUGGUUUUGUACAAGAUUUCUACAGCUUGCUGUGAAUUCCCAGACAAGAAACCCUUUGGAUGUUUGCACUGGGGUUUGAUUCACCUUUUUCUAAUUGUUGGUCUCCAAAGACUCCGUCACGUACUCCAGCUUCCAGAGCUACUGUCAGGAAUAAACCUGAGCUAUCCUGAA